GCCUGAAGGGAGGCGGAGGCGGGGGUGAGGCUGCGUUUGCAGCACCAGAGCAAGCGGGAGGCUUCGCCUCGGAACCCGGACUCGGAGCCUGCCAAGGCCCGGGCUGCGAUGGCUUCCAUGGCGGCGGCGAUCGCGGCCUCCCGCAUGGCUUCCCUGAACGGCAACCGGCCGCUGGACGAGCGGGAGCGCAAGCGCUUCACCUACUUCUCGUCGCUGAACCCCAUGGCGCGCAAGAUCAUGGCGGAGAAGGAGCGCAUCCGCCAGCGCUACGGGCCCGAGUGGGACCGGCUGCCGCCCAGCCAGCAGGACGAGAUCGUCGACAAGACCCUGGUGGAGCCACACGUCCAGGCUCGGUACGCCGCGCAUCGGGGAGCCGCCCGGGCCCCCCCGCCUCCCGCCUGCUACCCGAACCUCCGCCUCAACACCGGCCAGAAGGAGGUGCACUUCGGGGACGAGGAUAUAACCUGGCAAGAUGAACACUCAGCUCCUUUCUCCUGGGAAACCACGAGUCAAAUGGAGUUCAGUAUUGCUUCUCUGUCGAUGCAAGAACUGAGCGGAGUGUCUUCACAGAACGAACAGAAACAGUCUGUCAAAACAGCUCCAGGCCCCCAGAUCCCCAAACCUUCGCAAGGUGGUAAAACAAUAAUCUCAGAUGGGUUUAUACCAGCCAGGAAAGAGGACGAGGCCUCCUUCUGGAAAAUAAAUGCUGAGCGCUCCAAGUUUGAAGGGGAGCAGUCCAAAUUUUGUUCUCUGACCCCUAGUCAGAUCAAAUCCAUGGAGAAAGGAGAGAAGACCCUCCAGCCAUAUUACAGGCAAGAAUCUGGGCCAAAGGAAGCAUCUAAAGCAGAGAAGCCUAACAUUAUGAAGCCCGAAAAACCGAUUGCUCCCUCGCUUGCUACUACAUCUGUGGAAUGGGAGAAACCUCAACCUGGCCAGCCCUCAGUUAGUUCCACUCAGGCCCUCCCUGAACCAGUGGAAAAACUGCCAUCUCCUGGGACAAAAAGUAAAGAGCCUGAUAGCGGUUUGUUUUCGGACUUGCAGGAACUUGGUCAGAACAAUACAAGUAAUGUUAUCUUGAAGACGGGAUUUGAUUUUCUAGACAACUGGUAAAGAAGAACCAAAUAUCUCAAUUCAGUUUUGGAGGAAGAGAAAACUAACAUCUCUCUCCUUCUCUCCUUUGUUUUGUUACAGGCUUUAUAUGUUCUUUAUAAUUUUUCAGCUCUUUUGAAUGUUGCCUUUGUAUUAAUACUUUUUGUAAAAUCAGAUGAUAUUUGUAUUUUGAGAUGGUCCAGUGUUAGUGUGAGGUGUGUGUGUGUUUUAAAAUUUUUUACAAUCCUACCCUAAGAAAUUUUUAAAAAGAGGAAAAAGCAUUAAGGAUUAUAAAUGAUUGAAGCACAAAAUUCAAAAUACCAAAAUUUAUCAAUGUCUCUUUGAAAUAAAUCAUAAAGAAAAUAAGGCUGCAAUUUUUAAAAGAAAAUAUUUUUGUAUUAGUAUGUUUAGUUUGGCUUAUUUCUAUUGCAGCUAACUCAUCUGUGGGAUCUUUGGCAAUGGAAAUAUUUUUGAAAUGGGAAGACUUUGCCAAAGGGGUAUAUUCAAAACAGUACUGUAGCUGUACUUGAAUAAUUCAUUGACUAAGACUGGGGUGGGGGAGGAGGGGUUCAUGAGAGAAAAUAAAGAACUAGGGGUUGUAACCAGUCAUUUAUGGGCUAAAAUUGCUUGAUAAGGUAACUUUUGUGGAGAACAGAACCUUAAGUGAUGAUUGUACCGAUCUACAGGGGUGUAAUCACUCCCCAUUAUUAUACCAAUGUACUUUAUUCAGGGGCGUAGGAGUAGAAAAUAGCGCCUGGGGCAAUAUGGUGCCCGAGCGCCUCCCCUGCCCCCUGCACAGACACACAUCAAAGGAAAGUGGGUGGAGCGGGGGACAAUUUUUCCACCCCCCAGGCACGCGCCCAGUAUAACGCGCACCCUCUCCUCCUUGUAGCUGUGUCACUGACUUUAUUUACAUUGAAGCAUUAUGGGAAUGCUUUCCAAAAACUUCUUUAAUAAAAAUGGUUUCUUUUCAGGAUAGGAUUAUAUAACUUCUGGUGCUACUUCCCUUCAUGGGAAUAGAAUUUCCAGGUUUCUCAUUCUCUACCUGAUGAGGUAGGUUUUUAUUUUCAGGGGGGCUUGCUGCUUUUUUUUUUAACAUGAGAGUAUUAAACACAGUAUUGUUCACUUGCACCUUGAGCUGGUCCAAUUCAUUAUGCCACUUUGCGAUUCUAUCACAGUUUGCCUCCUCUGUAGACCAGGUCUCAAUCUUCUAUAAUGUUAAAAUGUAUGAAUAGAAAAGUUGUUUCAGUUGCAUUGCCAUUUUAGAUAUUCAUUGUGGUCUCUAUCCUGCCUCUGCUUUGUCUCCAUUACCUUUUGAGCCUUAAUUCCUGGUAGCGCACAAAUGGUCAUCUGUCCAGUCCAAUAUCUGGCUGAUUUUCUUCUUAACUUCAAGAACUGGAUUUACAGAAUAUUGAACCAGGACAGACCCUUGUAUCCUUAAGAAGCUCCUGCAACCUCAGAUUGGAUUGCAUAUCUUUAAGACAAAAAGCCAAAUGUAUACUUUCUUGGCAGUUUAAUAGUUCCACACUGUUCUGAUGUCAGUUACUACUACUUUUCUCUGGAUAAAUUGUGAUAACCAUAAAUUUUCCAUUGUGUGACAGCAUAAGGCCUCUGUCAACUGUGAUCUAAAAAACUAAAGAAUGAGGUUACUUCUGCAUAAGUUCUUACUCUGUUCUUCAUUAAUAUUUUUCUAUUUAUUCAGUCAUUCAAUGUCUUACAUAACCUGUGGGCAAAUAACAGUGUUGGUAAAGUUAAAAAGCUCAUAUGUAAUAGCCUAGUUCCAAAUAACCUUUGUUUCAACAAAACUGUAUAUGUUAUAAAAGAAAUGUGUACAAUAUAAAGGAAGCAGUAAAGAGAACUGAAAGAAAAUGUAGCUUCUGGGAACUGUUUUACACUUUGUGCUCUAACAGGCAUAUGGGCAAUUGCUGCAGUAAACAUUGGUCCUUUUGGCACAGCACUAAUAUAACCUCUCGAGGAUGUUAUAAAGCGUUUAGGAGAGGAACUCUGCACAGUUUUCUCCCCCAAGACAUCUUCAGGGGUUUUUUUCCUCCCAACUUGGUUUUUUUCAAAAAUCGCUAAACUAGCAAUUAUUUUUUGCCAAGAUGGGGCAAGUUGUUUCCUCCUUGCUGUGUGGAGGGUGGAGAGCAGGAAACAUUAUUUUUCCUGCCCAAUAAUUUUAAAGCUCUUAUUUUUAUUUUUGCUGCUGCAGAGAUACUCCAUCCCGCCUGCCAUUUGGUGAACCCUUGGAGGUUUCCUCUGCUGGCAGCUUGUCCGUUUGCUAUUUCCAUUAUAAAGUCCAUGAAUAAAGUUAGUUUUCCCUGGCAAUCCCCCGUACAUGUCGUUUUUAAUUUUGUUUUGUUUUGAGGGAGGUGUCAACAACACGAUAUAAGAAUCACAGCCACUUCGAGGGCUCAACUAUCUCCCAUUAAGAAGCAGUAGGUAUACCUGUCCUCCACAGAGGCCAUGUCUUCUCAUUACUUUCAGUCAUGGGUCUAAACAGAAAUAACAAGCAGAUAAACCUGCUAGCAGAGAAAACCUCUGUGGGAAACAAAUGGAACAUAUGGCGGGCUGGAUGGAGAAAGUGGCAGAAAAGUGGCAGGCAUGAGCCGUGGUGAUGUAAGUAGGCGAAGUGGCAUGGGCGGCGGGAAAGGAAACCAUUUCUUUUGAAAGCUUUGCAAAUGCUUUUUUUUUGUCUGCGCUGUCAAGCCAAAAUGGUUUUUUUUAAUGUCUGCAAGAUAUUUUAUUUGUGCUUGUAGAAAGGGCCAUUGAAGUAAGAAAUGGGUGAUUUGGUAUUUGUAACAUUGGUGAUCAGAUCCCCUAACCGGUAACACAACUGCAAAGACAGUUGUGUGCUUCCUAAUAGUAACCUGAGUUGUAAUGCUGAGAAAGGGAGGUGGGAUUAAUUAAAAUCCAUCUCAGGCUUCUUUAAAGCCUCAUUGGGGGAAAAGAUUAGUAACCAUAUUGUGCCUAUCUUUUUCUCUUAUGCUGUCUUGCCUUCUGUCUCUCCCCUUCCUCCCUCCUUAGAACUUAAAGCAGGCCCAGUGAGAAUUUUGUACUGGGGGGCUGGUAUGUGGGGAUAUACUGUUGCUGAAAACACCUUCCCAACAUUGUGGCCCAAUCCACAUGGGGGGUCUCUCCCAGCUCCUUUUUGCAGCUACAUUUCAUGUCAGAAGAUCGAGAGGUUCAUUCCCAAUGUCAAAUAUAUUCUGUCCCUCAGAACACACUGUGUGCUUUGCUGUGCCACUGUCUGCUUUCCAUCUCCAUAUUUUCCAUGUUUGCCAUAGCAAACACCCAUUUCUUGUGGCACUAGCACCAUGCAAGUAUGAAUUGGCUCCUGAGUAUCAAGUAGCUAUCAUUUUGUUUAAAAUGGUAACAUAAAAGUUCUGGAAUUAUUUGAACUAAAAGUUCAAAACAGAAACAGACUAAAGCAAUGCUUGCAGCAGUUCAAGAAAGUGUCCAAAGUUCUGAUGGCCAUUGCUGAAUGUCUUGUUGACCACCUAGUUUAGUUUUUGUAGGUCAUUUUAGUAUACAAGACAUACUUUUAAAACUAUUUGCUAUUUUAAAAAAACAAAUCUAAGAGGAAAGCUUUGAGCACAAGUUUUACAAGCAUAUGAAUAUUUCUGAUUUGCACUUUUGGGGACAUUUGAAAGGGAGUCUUUGCAAUCUUGUUAGAGCUAAAUGAUGUGUGAAUUUUCCAGCUCAGGUUCCAGUUUUCCUUAGCUGAAAAAAAUUAAAUACAGUUGAAUGAACACAUGGUGUAACUUUCUAUCCUAUUUCUUUGGCUCACUUGAAGACUUGAUUUUUCUCACAGAACGUCCCAGGUUCAGUUCUUAGUCUCUUCUGUUCAAGAAGCUUGGGUGGAAGAUGCUGGGUACAGCUGGUUUCUCUCUGAGACCUUGGAGAAGUGCUGCCACUCAGAACAUUCAGUACUAAUCCAGGUAGACCACUGGUCUGACUUGGUAUAGGAUAGCUUUGUAUGCUGUCAUAUGGGAGACAGUGUUAGGGCCCUUCUGUGCUGUACAGAUGGAACCUAGUAGGUUUUGUAUCUCUGGCUCAUCCUUUGGAGUCAUUAUCUUAGGCGGAUUCUGCAUGGGCCAAAAACAGCGGGGUGAAAAUGGUGUGAAAACAGUGUAAAAGGGUUCUCACACCAUUUUCACACCACUGUUUUUGGCCCAUGCGGAAUCUGCCUUAGUCACUUAGUGUACAAUCUUAUUACUUUUGUACAACUCCCUUUCAUGCCAGUGAGGCUUGCGCGAGAGAACAUCUAGAUGCAUUGCACUCAGUGGCAUUAGCCAGCGAUGUCUGCUGUAGAAUCAAUAUUCACCCGAUUUGGAUUUCCUUUAUUGGACUUUGAAGGCUAAAUCUAAUGCUUCUCCUUUUAGUAGAUAUGUUUUUGUUGAUGUUCAUACUCAAAAUUGUACUUGGUCACAUUUUGUAUCAAAUAAUUACUUCUUAAUAAAGUCACCUGAUGUAGACCA